CGCUCGGGGGCGGAGCAGACGCGUCAGGCUCGGCGGCAGCGGCGCGGGCGGCGGCGGGGACUCGCGGGACGCAGCUGCCUCUGCGCCCGCGACCGGCGCCGCCGUCACCUCGGCGGAGGGCUGCGGGGCGCGGACGAUUAAGCUGCUGAAACUUCCACCUUCAAGAUGAAGUUUUCAUUAGCAGUCUCCUUUUUUAUUUUCAUGUCCUUGUGGGUUGAAGAAGCGUGUUCGAAAGAGAAAUCUUCCAAGAAGGGAAAGGGGAAAAAGAAGCAGUACCUGUGCCCGUCUCAGCAGUCACCAGAGGAUCUUGCACGUGUGCCCCCCAACUCCACCAGCAAUAUCUUGAACAGGCUGCUGGUCAGUUAUGAUCCCAGGAUAAGACCAAACUUCAAAGGCAUUCCUGUUGAUGUAGUAGUCAACAUUUUUAUUAAUAGUUUUGGAUCCAUUCAAGAAACAACAAUGGACUACAGAGUUAACAUUUUCUUGAGGCAGAAGUGGAACGACCCCAGGCUCAAGCUCCCUAGUGACUUCAGAGGUUCAGAUGCACUCACAGUAGACCCCACGAUGUACAAGUGCUUAUGGAAGCCUGACCUGUUCUUUGCAAAUGAAAAAAGUGCCAAUUUUCAUGAUGUAACCCAAGAAAACAUCCUACUGUUUAUUUUUCGUGACGGAGACGUCCUUGUGAGCAUGAGGUUGUCUAUUACUCUCUCAUGCCCUUUGGACUUAACUCUGUUUCCCAUGGAUACACAACGCUGCAAGAUGCAACUUGAGAGCUUUGGUUAUACAACUGAUGACUUGAGAUUCAUCUGGCAGUCGGGAGAUCCCGUACAGUUGGAAAAAAUUGCUUUACCUCAAUUUGAUAUUAAAAAGGAAGACAUCGAAUAUGGCAACUGUACAAAAUACUACAAAGGCACUGGCUACUACACUUGCGUGGAAGUCAUCUUCACCCUGCGAAGACAGGUUGGGUUCUACAUGAUGGGUGUUUAUGCACCAACCCUGCUGAUUGUAGUCCUUUCCUGGCUCUCUUUCUGGAUCAACCCUGAUGCCAGUGCUGCCAGGGUGCCCCUGGGCAUCUUCUCGGUGCUCAGUUUGGCCUCAGAGUGCACCACACUUGCAGCAGAGCUUCCCAAAGUGUCAUAUGUGAAGGCUCUGGAUGUGUGGCUCAUUGCCUGUCUGCUCUUUGGGUUUGCUUCCCUGGUGGAGUAUGCUGUUGUCCAGGUGAUGUUGAACAAUCCCAAAAGGGUUGAAGCUGAAAAGGCCAGAAUCGCCAAGGCUGAGCAAGCAGAUGGGAAAGGUGGAAAUGCAGCAAAGAAGAAUACUGUGAAUGGCACGGGGACUCCUGUUCAUAUCAGCACUUUGCAGGUUGGUGAGACCAGAUGCAAAAAAGUUUGUACUUCUAAAUCUGAUCUGAGAUCCAAUGACUUCAGCAUUGUUGGAAGCUUACCAAGAGAUUUUGAAUUAUCCAAUUAUGACUGCUAUGGGAAACCCAUUGAAGUCAACAAUGGACUUGGGAAAUCACAGGCUAAGAACAACAAGAAGCCUCCGCCUGCCAAGCCUGUCAUCCCAACAGCAGCCAAGCGAAUUGACCUUUAUGCAAGAGCACUAUUUCCUUUCUGUUUCUUGUUCUUCAAUGUUAUAUAUUGGUCUAUAUACUUAUGAUAAACCAUUUCCAUUUGUAUGACAUACAAUACCAUUUCAUUGUGACCAAUGCAAUUCAUAAUUGCUGAUCUGUGAAAACUUUGCAUUUUCAUAGCAAUAUAUCGCAUUUUGGAUGCCAGUUAAUUAUAAUAAAAUACAGCACCUUACUUUUGAAUGGCAGCAUGAUCUUGUAACAUCUCUGCUCCAAUCAUGAGAUAGAUAGGUAGAUAGAUGUAUGUAUAUUGAGCAUAGUGCUUUAGGAAUCAAUGAAAAAUACGCAUACUACAUAAUCUACAUAAUGUGCUCUUCAGCUACUGUAACUCUGUAACUGCAAAUACUUCAGAUAAUCCUGAUGAAAACAUGAUGUGCACGCUGACUCCUGUUAUGGUGACCAUUCUAAUGUAUGUAGUAUCUUACAUUCCCUUCCUUGUAACUUUCAAAGAAAGCCAUCUUAUUCUUAAAUAAUUUUCAAUAGUAUUAUUACAGAUUAAUCAAGAUUGUAUGACAUAUUGUGUAAAGUUUUUAAGAGAGGUAGAUCAGUAACAGUUAUGCAGGCUCAUUGAGAAAUAAAAUCAAAGAUAUACAUUUAUAAAAUCAACUUAUUUUUAAGUGUGCUCGUGUUGUCAAAACGCCAGAUAAUAGAUCAGUAAGUGCUUUUAAAGCAAAGAGAAAUAUGGGUAGUAUAAAUGUAGACUGAAUUCUGGCAUCUGACAAAAUACUUACAAAUAAAUGAUAGAUGCAUUAAUUAAAUAUUUUGGAUAAAAUAAAUUAUUUAAUCCACCUUAAAAUCUAAAUCUAUUUUCAUGCCUUUCAUUUGUUGAUACGGAGAGCAUUAAGCAUAAGCCUUAAGAAGAGUUGCACACAUUUCUGAUGUGAAUGGAGUGGUGACAUGUGGUUCCACAUUGCUGUCAGACUCUAAGAAGAGCUGUUAACAUUAACUUGAACUGGAAAAAUUGUAAUCAAUAAAGGACUUAGCUUGUUUGUUUUAUUAAGAUGCUUCUGUAUUUCAAGUAAUAGCCAACUGUUUGGGGGAUUUGUUUUUUUUAAUUUAUAUGAAUGUAUUUGGAUAUGUUUUUUUAAAAAAUGAUUUAGCAAAUAGUAACUUUUAUUUAAAUUUUAGGCUUCACUUUUUCUUCUUGCUAAAAAUCUAGACAUUGGGGGACUAACUGACUUUAUCUUGUUCCUACCUGAAAAUAACCCCUAAGCCUUGUCUUCUAAGACCCUGUUCUCUAACAGUGUGUCACAGUGUAACUGUUUUUCUGUCUCAGCUAAAAUUGGAGCUACUAGUAACUAAUGUAAUAUAAACAGAAAACCACAAAAGUAUUUUACGUUAUUUGGAGUGCUUUUGUUCUUGUUGGUGGUUUGUAUGGCCAAUUCAUAAUAUAAUACAUUAAAAAUAUUAUUUGUGCAAUUACCAUA